AUUCAUCUCUCUUAUUUACAAAAUACAUCUAUAGAUAAAGGUAUUUAGCAGGGUAUAUGAUUUUGAUUUUUUUCGCCAGUCCAAUCCAACCACUCUUUUUCUCUAUAAGUUGUUCAACUGCCACGCGCAUUUUUUUUCGCACGCAAUUAAACCUAACUAGCCAAGCUUUUUGCAUGAUAUCUGCAAUUCAGAUUUGGUAACAUUAAUUAAAUCAGUGGACGCUGGACCUGCAAAAUCGACUGUGUACCUCGGCUAACUGAUAAGUUUGUCCACUUGUGUUUACAACUUCGUUACAUAAAGACGUAUUUAUAACUUUGUUAUCAAUUGUGAAGUACUUUUUGCAUAGUGGAAAAUGGUUUUCAUACUAUUUGUGAUUGUUUCUGCGCUAAUAGUAUUAUUACUGCUUACGAACAAAAAAAAAUACAAGAAUCUGCCACCUGGUCCAUAUCCAUGGCCGAUUAUCGGAAAUGUGAUCGAAAUGGCUAUGAUCGACAUAAAAUAUCCGCAUAAAGCGUUAGAAAAACUGUCUCGGAAGUACGGAGAAAUCAUGAAAAUCCAGUUUGGGGCACAUUUUAUGAUCGUCAUAUCUUCGUAUGAGGUUAUGAAGGAAAUGCUAACCAAACCGGAAGCAAAUAUCGGCCGUUUUGUAUUUCCCUUUGUGCCGGAUCGAGCCUAUGGCAAUCCUAACCGCGGCAUUAUCUUCAAUAGUGGCGAAUCAUGGCAAGAACUGAAAAGAUACACGAUUCGAACGCUGAGAGAUUUUGGCUUUGGGAAAAAGAAUUCGAUGAAUGGCGUCAUGCAAGAGGAAGUUGACGAGCUAAUGUCCACAAUUAAGGGUGGUGUGCUUGAUGGCCUGGGCGAGUGGGAGGUUGACCCUCACCUGCUCGCCUCAUCCGCCAUCAACGUCCUUUGGAGCUUGGUGGCAGGGUACAGAUUUUCCCUCGAGGACAAAAACCUCCAGGAGGCUGUCAGGUUAAAUGACGACAUUCUGUUUGCAUGUGGUCUUUCAAACCGAUACACGGCUUUUCCAUGGGUGAAGACACUUUUCCCGAAAUUGAGCAAACAUGAGGAACACUUGAAGUGUUAUGCAGAGAUGCAAAAGUUUUUGAGGCGGAUUAUCAAAGAUAUUCAAGAAAAACGGAGUGCACGAAGCAAUCAAGACGCCGAGAGUUAUAUUGAGGCAUUUUUAGAUGAGAUUGAGAAACGUAAAGGCACCGGAGAUACCAAUUUUACAGACGAUCAGUUAAUCGUGGUCUUAGCCGACUUGUUUCUCGCCGGAUCAGAAACUACGAGCACAUCCGUAAACUGGAUGUUGUAUCACCUCGCGAUGAAUGGUCACGUACAGGAAAAAGUUUAUGACGAAAUCUGCAGAGUUAUUGGAUCUGAUGUUACACCAACGCUGGAUAACGAAAAGAGUUUGGUCUACAUGAAAGCCACACUUUAUGAAAUGUUUCGCAUGUCAGACAUCGUACCCACGCCACCACCGAGGAUUUUAACAGAUAGCAUUACCGUGAGAGGAUACACGCUUCCAAAGGGCGCGGGAGUCAUGUACAACAUGGACCCGGUCUUAACCGACAAAGUACAUUGGGGCGACCCAGAUGUAUUUCGUCCAGAACGGUUUCUAUCCACAAAUGAUGACGGCACAAUGCAACUCGUUAAUACUGAAAGAGUGGCUUCCUUUGGAUUUGGAAAGAGAUUAUGUCUGGGCGAAACGUUGGCGUGGAAUACAGUAUUUCUUUACGUGACAAAUAUCUUUCAAACCUUCAAACUUUCUACAAUUCCGGGUAAAAUGCCACCGAUGGAGCCAAUAAAUUCUGCCACUCUAUCCCCGGAUAGAUAUUCCCUCCACUUUGAGUUACGGAAAUAAUUUUGAGUAUUGACAAAAAUUAUUCACGCGUGUAUUAUAAAUAUGUAAAUAAUUUUUAUUUAAAAUGUAAUUAGAACAGAAAAGCUUAGAUUUUUUUUGAAUACUUUUUUAAAUUUACUUAUGAUUUAUUAAAUAAAGUAAUAACCUAUAUUUAUGUGAAUUGUAUUCACUUUUGAUAGAACUGGGAGGAUGUGCUUUACACACACCUGUCCUAAGGUUUAGAUAUUGUUUUUUUAUCUUUUGCUAUAAAUACAUAGAGAUAUGCACAAUAAUUAAUUACUAUAAAUGUUUAGUUGAGGCAAAUAUGUAUUAUUAUGUACACUGAAUUAAAUCAUUCACGACUAUCUCUGCUUUGUUGAUUUAAUAUA